UUUGUCAAGUGAGGUAAAAUUCAUCGCAAAAUGCUCUCUGAAAUUUCGGUGAUUUUAUAACUAGUUUUAGCUAAUAUCGCCAUCCUUUAGAAACGAAUGCUGACUGGAUGUUUCCAUCAGGAAAAAUGUAUUUUGUCCAGUUAACACUGAAAAGGCUAAGAGCUGGGUAGAGUCGCGUACAUGUCACUUUACUUUCAUUUCUUGAAGCCACACCUUCUUGUCGUCGCGUUGCACCCCCCCUACUGGCGCUUCCCAGACGCUCUAGAGAGCGAGUCGUGGUAUUGAACUGACUGCAGUUCUGGGAACAGCACACAUAAGACAAACAAAAAGGAAUUGAACACGAUAGGCGGAUACGCUGUAGAAGAUCGUACAGAACUCUUCUUUCUAAAUUUGAUCGAGUAUUUUAGAGACUUGGCACGAAAAGUGUCUCUGCUUUGACUGUCUUCAGUUUGUGUCCGAGCGCUCGAAAGUUUCUUUGUUGUAAUUUGGAUUAUACCUUUUCAAUUAUUAGUUAUUAUCUUCAGUCGAAGUUUAGAUAAGAACCCGUCACUGUUUGUCGACCUUACUUCGUUGGAUAUCCGAGGCAAUAGCUGUCGAAGACCUUUCUUUUUUCUCCUUGCCUCCCUCUUCUUGCUCCGUUUUCUUAGAUGCGCCAGAUUCGCUGACCGUGCGCUAAAUGCGCCUCUUGAAGUGCCACUUGCGGAGCUUCUUCUUAGCGGUUAUUUUUCGGUUUUCCUUACCUACAUGAGAGCUUGUGAUACUUCUGUUCAGUGGCUUCUCACCGUUUUCAUUGUUUUGCCGCCUCAUGCGAAAACACCAGUGAGCGAGUGAAAAGCUUUCCAUUUGGGUUCCCAUGUCCGGUGUUGUGCGCACCCUGAGCCGGUGCCUGCUGCCGGCGGAAGCGACUCGGGAGAGAAGCGACAGCAAGGAACGCCGCCGGGACCGGGACGCGCCCCAGCAGGAGAGGGACGCAAGGCGCCGCAGCCGGGAGAUCGACUCUCGCCUUGCUCAGGAGCGCAGGUCCAUUCGCCGACUGGUGCGCAUCCUCCUUUUGGGAGCGGGCGAGAGCGGCAAGUCGACUUUUCUGAAACAAAUGAGGAUUAUCCAUGGCAAGGAAUUCGAUCAGAAAGCGUUGCUGGAGUUUAGAGACACCAUUUUUGAGAACAUCAUCAAGGGUAUGAGAGUCCUGGUGGAUGCCCGCGAGAAACUGGGAAUCCCAUGGCAGAACACAGAGAAUGAGAAGCAUGGCAUGUUUGUAAUGGCUUUUGAGAAUAAGGCAGGCCUUACGGUAGAGCCCUCCACUUUCCAGCACUAUGUUCCUGCUCUAAGGGCACUGUGGCAGGACUCUGGCAUUCUGGAAGCAUACGGACGUCGGAACGAAUUCCAGCUGGGUGAAUCAGUGAAAUAUUUCUUGGAUAACCUGGACAGGAUUGGCGAGUUGAGUUAUCUGCCAAGUCGACAAGAUAUUUUACUAGCAAGAAAGGCCACAAAGGGAAUUGUAGAACAUGAUUUUGUCAUCAAGAAAAUUCCCUUUAAGAUGGUGGAUGUUGGGGGUCAGCGUUCACAGAGGCAAAAGUGGUUCCAGUGCUUUGACGGGAUUACCUCCAUUUUAUUCAUGGUCUCAUCCAGUGAGUACGACCAGGUUCUUAUGGAGGACCGCCGCACCAACCGCCUGGUCGAAUCUAUGAACAUUUUUGAGACUAUUGUCAACAAUAAGCUCUUCUCCAAUGUGUCCAUCAUCCUCUUCCUCAACAAGAUGGACCUACUGGUGCAGAAGGUCAAAGAAGUUAGCAUCAAAAAGCACUUUGCUGACUUCCAGGGUGAUCCUCACAAGCUGGACGAUGUACAGGGAUACCUGGUUCAGUGCUUUAACAAAAAGAGGAGGAACCGAAGCAAGCCCCUGUUCCAUCACUUCACGACUGCUAUAGACACAGAGAAUAUCCGCUUUGUCUUCAAUGCUGUCAAGGAUACCAUUUUGCAGAAAAACCUGGAAGAUAUAAUGCUGCAGUAAUAUGGCCCUUAUAGUUGAAACUUUAAGCUGUGCAAUUGUUCUCGGUUGGGAUGUGCUGGAUAAAACUUGCAAUGAAAGGAUUUUGUUAAGUGGGAUUGUAGGUCAUGUCAUUCAUACGUAUCCCCUGUUUAUUUUAUUUUUGCAAAGCCAGUAGGAGGAUAUCCAAUUUACUUCUGGUGUGGAAAUUCAAAAAAAAAAAGCAGUUAUUGGUAUCACUAAAAAAGUGGCGUCUGAAUUAAAAUGGAAGCAGAAAGAUAGUUUUGGACAUUGGAUAACAUGAUAAAUGUAUUGCACUAAAAAUUAAUCACCUUCCACCCACUUCUGAGAGGCAAUCUCCUUUCUGUUUCUUACAAAUGAUAACUCUCAUAAAUUAAGGAAAAAAAUGAAAACUUUAAAAUAACAUAAAAAGGGACUAGAGAAAAAAAUAUAUAUAUUAAAAAAAAAAGAAAAACCUUCCAGACUAUACAGUCCUGGGACUGCUCACCAUCACAAUUAAAAAGAGGAUGGAGCCAAGACAGUUAGUAAUGUGCCAGGAAAUGGACAAAGUUCAAAGAAAAAGUAGCAGCACAACUGUUCAAGGAUAAAAAAGAAAGAUAAAAGAAAAGCUUUGAAACUCUUCUGCUCAAAGUGUGGAGAAAGAGAGAAAGAAAAAUGCAGAGACUUAUUGCAUGAGAGCAGUGGAGUAGCAGGAGUGUGUUUUGAGCUUUAAUGGUUCAUUUUACAAAUUCAGUUUACUUGUGCUUUUCAAUGCGUAUUUAAAGUCAGGCUGAACAAAUUCCUGCAAAGGGUUAUUCGUAGCAGUUGAAUUGCAUGCUUGGGUGUAUGGGACAGUGCUUGUAUAUAAAGGCAUGCACUGCCAGCUGGUUCUGGAAUUGCCCCUUUGAGCAUGCCAGUUUGGGUAUGCCCUUGAAAUCUGUAAUUGUGAUCUUGCUAAAAAAAAAAAAACAGGAUUUAUAUUACUUCAAAUAAUUUACAUAUAAAUACAAGUCUCACAUUAGUAAGCAAAUUAUUACUUACUUCAUUAUACACUUAAAUGUGUUUUUGGAUCCCAGUGAGUCUCCUUGUGCUGAUUAUCCAUUAAUGAUGUCUGUGGCUUUGGCAUCAUCUGUGAAAGAAACUGAAUCAAAGUUGCAGGUAUUAAAAAUGUUGAGUGUCUCAAAGUUCAUAUUACGAAAAUAAUCAAAUAGAGUGAAAAUGUCUAUGUGAAAAAGUUAAAUUUGGCAUAGUUAAAUAGCAGACAGAACACAGAAAGUCAAGGUUUGUUUUCCAGUAUAAAAAUUAAUAAGCAUUAAGGUCACAGUACUCCUGAAACAUCUGGCCAAAAAAAAGUCUUUUAUUUAGUUUUACUUUAAGUCAUUAUCUAGAAACUAACCAGUGAGUAACUCAUCAGCCCACGAGUAUCCUGUUUUGAGUUAUACAGUACAGUAUAUGAGAAAGGAAAUUGUACUUUUAUUUUUUUUAUACACUGGAAAGCUUGAACUUAACAGCUCAACUUUGUCAGAACCAGACAUAAAUAACUGCUGCACACCCUGCAGUAAAAUGUUUCAGAAGUUUGAAGUUCAUUAUAAAGACUUGUUGUCUGUUUGUCAAUUCAAAGGCACAGUUUUCAGACCUAUGAACAAAAAGAUGUGAAUUUGUAUAUUUUGUGUUUGUGUGUAAAUAAUUACUAAAAAUGUGCGUGUGUGUAUAGACACACUGUUAUAUAUGGUGUACUCGGUGCGCCAUAUAUAUUAAAUGCUGUGUGUAUACAUACAUGCAACAAUCUGUAUAUAAUUGCAUUGUAUUUGUGAAUAUAUAGAUAGUAUACACAUUUAUUGUAUAUUGUCUGAAUAGCAUAUGUUAUAGUUACAGCAUGUGUCCACAGUUACCAGCGUACAUUAACAGUUAUUCACUUAUUAACCCAACUUUAUAAAAGAAAAGACUGUUCCAGUCAUACUUUAUAAUAGUAAAUCUUUGUAAGAAUUGUUUCAUUUUUUUGUGCAUAUUGGACUUGUUCACCUUUUGAAAAUAAACAUCCUGUUUAACUAG